AUGCCUUCUCUCAAGUCUGCCGUUGCCCUGAGCCUCCUUCCCGAGCUGCUCGCUGCUCGUAGCAUCCCUCUCGUUAAGCGCGGCGUGGACUGUUCCUUCUCCAUCGCAGCAAGCUCGGGUGACAGCUGCGAGUCCUUCGCGGCCUUAUGGGGUAUCUCUGUUGACGACCUCAACUUGCUGAACCCUGGCUUGGACUGCACGAAAUUUGACGACUUCGCUGAUUACUGCGUCAUGAGGGAUGUCACCGUCGACGAACCCAGCCCUUCCUCUACCACCGCCACCACCAUCACCACAAAGGAGGCUUCCACGGCGACCACAAGCACUACCACUGUCACCCUUACCGCCACUACUGAGAAGCCAACUACCACUACAAUCUCGACAACCGGCACGACCACCGGUGGCUCACCCUCCCCGACUCAGCCCGGCCUAGCCUCGAACUGUGAUAAGUUUCACAAAGUGGCAUCGGAAGACCAGUGCGAUACCAUAGAAGCCAGUUAUGGUAUCACCAAUGUCCAAUUCUCUUCCUGGAACCCUUAUAUCGAUGACAACUGCUCGAACCUCUGGCUCGACUACUACGUCUGCGUUCACGUCGCGCCUAAGCCCCAGAUGCCUGGUAUCACCAGCGACUGUAUGACAUACCACAAGGUUCAGAGCGGCGAGGGCUGCUGGGCUAUUAAUUCUGCCUACAACAUCACCCUGGACCAGUUCCGCAAGUGGAACCCUACGAUUGAUGCCUCUUGUAGCAACCUCUGGGUUGAUUACUACGUCUGCGUUGGCGUCUAG